UAUCGCACUAUCGUGCCCUCCCUUCUUCGCUCGCCUCACUGGUAUUGGUCUGUCUCACUACCGACUUGUCUGACCAUCUGGUGGUUUUUUUUGGUGUGGCGCGCCGGGUCCACGCCGCAUUCGCCUACGGGAUCAGCUUACGGCCGGCAGCAGCGGCGGGCCAAAGACAAACAACUGGGACCGUGAGCUCAGGAGGUCGUUUCCGAGCUAGCGAAUGCGAAUGCGUUGCUGAACGCCGAACGUUCGUUUUUUCCCUAAUUCGUCUCACCCCGAACGCCGAUUCAACCUCUCCAGUUCUCUCUUAUGUUCGGCCAUGGCACCCGUCUCUCUUUUAAUCGCGUUCCCUUCGUGGGUUUCGCCCCGUUCUGCUUACUUGGACCUCGCAUUCUCUUCCCAAGCGUCUUUUGAUCCUCCUGUCAGAUGCGCUUCCCGGGCCUCUCGUGACAUCCUUCACUAUGAGUUGCCCCGGCUCUGCUUCUCAACCCCGUAUCUGUACAUCGUGAGCGGUCGUCAACAUAGCGUUGCUCCGACACCGACGACCUUCGAGUCAGACUUUCAUCCUUCCGACGGACAGGAUUGAGCCGAGUGGACAUCCCUUCAGAACCAUCAGUCACAUCUCCAACUACUUAAUCGUUGUACAAGGCCUGGAUCCACCGACAGCCUCGAGUUGAUAUUGACGACCACAACAUUCUAUCGACGACACUCUCACAGCGACUGCUACUUGUUGGCAUAACUCUGCAUCGUUUAGAAAGUCAUCGUCAUGGGUAACAUCAAGGAGGACAUCGAGUCCACCAAGGCCGAGGGUCUGGUAGAGAACCAUCAUUACAGAGAUGCCACCCUGCCGCCAUGGAGGUUCUGGCUGCUCAGUAUUGGCCUCUGUCUUGGACUGUUCCUUUCAAUGUUGGAUGCUUCCAUUGUGGCAACAAGUCUGUACACCAUUGGCACAGAGUUCGACUCGGUCGACUUGAUCAACUGGGUUGCACUCGCAUACACGCUCACAUACCUGAGUUGUGCCGUCUUGGUGGCUCGGGCAUCCGACAUUGUUGGCCGCCGCAAUGCCUUUUUGGCAAGCUUCAUCAUCUUCUUCGCCUUUUCCCUGGGCUGCGGGUUUGCCCAAAACUUGGAACAGCUGGUUGCAUGCCGGGCUCUGCAAGGCUUGGGUGGUUCUGGCCUUUAUUCCAUCACCAUGAUUAUCUUUCCCGAGGUUGCCCCCAAGCACUUGCUCCAGUACAUGUCCAGCCUCGUCGGCAUGGUCAUUGCGAGCGCCGGUGUGCUUGGACCAGUCCUGGGAGGUAUUCUCACCCAUUACGCCUCUUGGCGGUGGAUUUUCUGGAUCAAUGGUCCCGUUGGCUUCGUCUCAAUGCUCAUCUUUUACCUUACAUGGCCCGAUGCCAAACACCUCCCAACGCUGCAAUGUAGACGCUGGAAGGAGCUGGAUGUCGUGGGCUCCUUUCUUCUCGUUGCAGCAUCGGUUCUCGUUGUCUUCUCCUUUCAAAAUGUCGGCUCGGACGGCAAUAAGUGGCGCCAAGCCGUCUUCAUCGCCCCCGUUACCGUCGGUGGCGUGUGCUUCGUUCUGUUGUUGGGAUGGGAGGCUCUCGUCGCCAAGUUCUGGAGCAACCGCAUCAUGGCCGCUAUUCCGAUGCGACUUCUGCGCAACCGUGUCUACGUCGCCACAAUCCUCAACACGAUGUUUCUAGGGUUUCCGUACCUCCUGGUCAUCUACGCCUUCCCUGUCCACUUGCAGAUCGUCAACGGAAAGAGCUCGUUGCUUGCGGGUAUCCUACUUCUCCCCAUGCUAGGCUCUGUCGCGCUAGGAACCACUCUCGGCGGAAUCAUCAAUAAGAAGAAGAACCGACUUUUUGAGACAAUGACGACGGCAAGCUGCUUCGUGUGUAUCGGCUGCGGCUUGAUGACGACACUGUCGUCGUCUGUGGAACUGGAACCCAAAGCACUUGGUUUCCUUACGUUUAUCGGCUUUGGUUUUGGUUUGUCAGCCACUUCAUCAACCGUCCUAGGAGCGACGGAGUCCGAGAUUCCAGAUCAUGCUCCCGCACAAGGAAUCAUCGCACAGGUGCGGAUUCUCGGUGGCAGUCUGGGAAUCGCCGCGUCAACGGCCAUCUUGGGCAACUUCAUGCGAGACGAGUUGACUGGUGUGCUCAGCCCGGGACAGUUGUCGUCGCUCCACGGAGCAGGGGCAAACUUGACGGAGGCGCAAGCCGCAGCCGUGCGUCAAGUCUAUACCGACUCCUUCUGCAAAGACAUGCAAGUGGGAGCUAUUCUAUCUGGCAUCGCGAUACUACUAAGUUUUGGUGUCUAUCGUCGAAAUCGGGUCACCAUCGAGGAGCAGCGACAAAUGCACAUUAGAACCGAGGUAGAGAGGAGACGGAGGGCAUCGGCUGCCACGACGUUGGUUUCUUCAACGACAACGGACUGAGCCUGUGUAUAGCGGGUGCUGUAUCUUUAUUGUUGGGUUUGGUUGAAUGAUUUCUGAAGCAUAGCACCUGGCCAGCGUUACGGGGUUCUCACUGUCAAUAUUCUGGCAUCAACGGUUAUAUAUGAUGAGAAUGGGUCUAUGAGCAAUACCUCAUGUCAGUAUUAAUUAUCAAUGUCGAAAUAUCUUGGAACCACUCCGCGGCCAACGACCGGAAA